UCUGACUGCUGUUAAAGCCUUACUAAAGCAUUUGUGGUUAUAAUGGCAAAGUUACAAUAAAUGCAUUGUUUAUGUAAAUACUUUACCAUUUUCCCCAUCACUCACUUCCAAGUGACAGCAGCAUGCAGUAGAGGUCAAGAGUUUAUUGUCAAUGGCAAGAAGCACUGAAAAGUGACAAUAACUAGAAUGAUACUUUGGUUAAGAUAUUGCCAUGGUUACUAUUUUGAUGUAGCUUCUUCCCUGCCUGUACUUCAGUAAUCUCUUCUGGUAUGGUAGAAAGUAGCAAUCAGUAAUAGAAAAUACAAUGCCAUAGAGAGUUUUCAAAGCAGUUAGAAAGACUCUAUUACGUUAUACAUUUUGUUGCUUUCAGCUGUUAUUCUAUCAUCUGUAUUUCCUUUAGUCUUAUUUCCGCCAUCUGUCAAAGAAGAGCCUCUUCUUUACAUAACGUGGAUUUCCUGUUAGUUUCUUUUCUCUGACGUAAUCUACAUCAUUAGACUGGGCAUUUGGUUAAAAACUCUUAGUAUGGUAGAAGCUUCUGCUGAGAAACACCUGUGCCUAAGCAGACCUAGAGAGAGAAAUAAAGCGUAUGUUUUUGAAAGUUGCCUUUGAAAAUUCUUAUUUUCUUAUAUCUAAUUUGAAAAAGAAGAAAGCCUUGUUGAUUAACAGCAUGAAGUGCUGAAAAGGGCUUUCUUGUAAACCAUUUAGUUCUAAUAAUGGCAUAAUUAAAAAUCAUAAAAAGAAUUCUCUUAGGGGUAUACUAAUAGACUAAAAAAUUUCAAAUUCAGCCUGGAUUUUAAGAGAUUAAAACUUACUUCUCUGGUUAUAUAUCAUCUCUACCAAAUGAGAAGUUGAAAGUUGAUUUAAGUUUGGUAAAAAAUAAAUGUACAGGGUAUGAUACAAAUGGUUUUCUGGUUUUUGGGUAUCUAUUUGGCCUGGCAAAUGCAAGGAAACACUUCUGGAAAUCAAACCAAUCAUGAAGGAGUUCCUGAAUGAGGUGUGGCAAACUAACAAUUUUGUCUUAUAUUAAUACUAGGUAUUAAGUGUACAAUAUAUAUAAGUAUAAAUAUACGAUAAAUUCAUCUCCUGUUUACUAAAGGGAAGCUUAUUGGCAGCAGAAAAAGUAGCCUUGUAAUCAGAGGAAGUAUUUAUUAAGCAUACAAGUAAGGUUUGGUACAUGCCAUACAAAAUUGUUGCUGUUUGUCAGGGCAACUACUCACGGGCUUGACUGAGACUUGAGGAAGGUAGAACUCCAGAGCCUGUGGCAGACUCAAACUGGCAAAAUACUUGACCUCACUCAGUUCAAUCAAUAGCAAUUCAGCCUUGGCGGGACUGAGACAGAUCCUAUUUCAAAACAUCAGAGAUUGAAUUUUGUUCAGACAGGCAGCAGGGAGACUUUCGUGACAGAAUCUGGUGUAAAGGGUAAGUAAAUUUGAAUAUUGUGAGUGUACUAAAGGAAGUUCAGUUACAGUGAUGUAUGAUAAUGACACCAUGCAGUAGCACAUUCAGAUAACUGAAAAUUGUGUCCAAAAUAGGGCUUGAGGCUUUUCUUCAUUGUAAUGUUGGUAUGAAAGGUAAGGAAGCUAGCAAAAACCUAAUCUUUUAAAUGCUUUAUUUUGGAGAUUUUUUUAGUAUGUUUCCUUUACUUUCUGUUGCUUUAUUCCUCUUUUUAAAAAGGAAUCUUUCAUUCCUCUAUCCUUCUCUGUUUCUCUGCCCUCAGAGUGUUGAUAGUGCUUAUAAUAUUAAACUCUUCCAGAGGAAUUUCUAGGCACGAACUUAAGAUACUUGUUUACCUUGUUAAAGGACCUCAUUUAAUAUAGCAAAUGGAAUUACUUAAAAUAUGUAGUCAUAGGUAAAAUUUUGAAUUGGCAUGUAAACUGUGCUGGUUCAUGCAAAAUUUAUGACAAAGAUUAUAGGAGUUAGUCUUUGCUCUUACUGAUUUGUGAGUAGGUGAUCUGAAAAUUGCCUGGGUGUUUGUGUUUGGGUUGGUUAGUUGCCAUUGAAACUAAUGUGUGUAUCUAAGUAGCCCUGUAGUUUUUUCAAAGGCAGCAGUGAACUGAGAAACACACCUUGCUGGGGUUUAGAGGUUUGGAAGUCUUAUGCCUGUGUUUUAGGGUCUGGCUAAGACAGGAAUGAGAGACACAGCACCUUGAUGUCUGCUGUUGUGCCUUGGAAUUCCUACGUACUGUCUCUUGCACUGCAGAGAACAGAAAAAAGACCGUACUUCCAGCAAGGUGUGCAAAAAGCUGGUAGCUGGAAGAGAGUCGCUGAGCAGUGCCUUUGCUGCAAAGAGCUCUGCAGAGACAGUUGGACAGGCGAUCUUAUUAUAUUCAUUCAUUCAUGUGGUUUUUUGUUCACCACUCUUAGUGGUGAUGAGAAAUUUCAUUGACCCAGAUUUUGCUUCAUAUCUUUUAAGAUCAAGCUUGUAAUUUCUCUACACUUACUAUUUUGUGCAAUCUGUGUGGAGUUCUGUGUCAAGAAGAGUCUGUGCUGUUGGCAGACUAUUAGAUUAUACUUUUUUCAUCUCUGCAGUAGAGCUGUAAUAGAAUAGUAACUGCAGAGCUGUAAUAGAAUAGUAACGGCAGGUUUUCCUUUGCAUUCUGUUAUUGUUCAUCAUUAGAUCAAAUUUCAGAACAUCCUCUUCUAGUCUCUGCUUACCUUCUUCCAGUCCUAUAUCUGUAGACAUCUUGUAUUACUGUAUCUUCAUCUGUUUUUCACAGAAUCAAUGAGGUUGGAAGGGACCACAGUGGGUCACCUAAUCCAACAUCCCUGCUCAAGCCGGCUCAAAACCAAAGUUUUCCUUUGUUUUUUUCUGGUCUUUGUCUUUUGCUAGUGCCAUUUAUCAGUUAUAUGGACAUCUUUGAUUUUAUUUUUUUGUUUAUUUGUUUGUACAGCCACUUCUUAUGCCACUUGGAUCAUCCUUCAUAUGCAUUAAACAAGGAACCAUAACUGCAGUCAUGCAGAUUUUGAAAGAGCCCUCUGUGAGGCUUUUGCUCCGGGUGAGGCUACUUGGUUGCUUUGCUCUCCAGCAGUUCCCUGCAUCAGUGGAUUCUGCUGCACAAGCAUUUGCAGUAGAGAGCAACAAGUGGGUUGCAAAAGCAAUGCAAAACUUUAUAAUUUAAUGCCUAGAAACUUGUUGUUAAGUUUCUCUUUCAGAUAAGCAUUUUCACUGUGAAGAAUCACAAAGAUGGAUUUUAAAUAAAAAAAAAAUGGACCUUUUUGAAGGAAAAAAAGUGCUAUCCUAUCAGUUAAACUAGAACAUGUACCUUUUAAUAAACUCUUCCAAAAUUCUUUUGUUCUUUAAUUAGGAAAGCCAACAUGAUCAAUUAACAGGAGGAUCACUACUGUUCAAAUAUUUGACUUACCCUUUUUUAUGGUUGAAUUUUAUGUGUUUUCAAAUGAUUGUGUAUUUGCCUCCCAACAAUAAAUAAUUAAACCUAUGUUUUGCUACUUGGAACAAUAUGAAUAAAAACAAGAUGAAUAAAAAUACUGACAUAGAAAUGGGUUUAGCUGUAAGAACAUGUAUUUGCUGUUGUGUAGGGCCUUCACUCAAAGGCCAUUUGUGCUCUCUUUUUUGCAAAGACUAGCAGGUGAAUGGAAAACGUUUGAUUUUCUUUGCUUUACUCUUGGCUCUAGGAACAGAAAAGUUGAAAUGCUGUUAAAAUUCCCCCCAAUCUUUUAGGCUGCACAAUGUUUUCUUAACUAUAAAAAAAAUAAAUCACCCAAAUGAUUGUUUAUUUCCUAUUAAAAGUGCCUGGAAGCCUACCCAGUGGUCUGGUGUUAUGUGCUGUGAGCAACACGUGUGUUCUGAGACUUGAGUUCUUGUCUUGCAAACACUGGUGAGCAGACACACAGGUGCUGUGCCUGAGCAGAGUGUUUAAAUGGGAAUCAUAAUGAAUUCCCACUGUGGAGACUGGUGGAAUCAUGGUGGAUUUAUUCAAAAUAUGUUCAAGUCUUUGUACAAAGUUUGGGUAAGCUUGAGGAAACUAGUUAGGGGGACAGAUGUAUUUACCUAUGCACCAAAAAGGUGCUGGUGAAGAUGUGACAUGCAUUUGGGGUCCAGGGAGCAUGUUGGACUGUAGCAAAUUGUACCCUGGGCCUUCUCUGUUUGUGCUGUGGCAGCCACUGAUCUAGGGGCCUUCUGACAGAUGUGGUUGUCCAGCACACUCAGGAUAGCCUUUGCAGCUUGUAGGUGGGGCCUUUCCCAUCUUCAGGUACAGAAACUAAACUUCAGCACUAGACCUUCAGUUUUGGUAACUUACUUUAUGAAAAACUUUGUGUAUUUGAGAAAUGAGCAAUGAAGCUUAGUGAAGUUUCUGUCAGAAAGGGCUGCUGCGUCUGACUUCUUAGAGAAGUCACUUAGAAAAUCCAGAGAAAAUUUCAGAUAAAGCAGAUAAUGGGACCUGUGAGGUAGGACAAACUAUAACCUUAAAUGGAUUAAGAAGUUGGUGUGUGUAUGACCAGCUUCAGACACAACCAGGCACGUUCAGACUGCAUACAGGCACUUCUGUCUGCACUGGCCACUGUCUUUUCUCUCUGGUGCCUGAGCAGAAGGUAAGAAAUUAGAAAGGGCAGCAACACCUUUCUGAUGCACUGAGAAGAGUCAGAUUGUGCUGACCUUAGUCCUACUGCCUUCAUCACACAUGCGGUUUCCUCCCAAGCUAACCAACCACACCAACAGCCCUGGAGUAGAGAGCAAGAGAAGAAGUGGUGGUCUUUGAUCUGUGGUGCUGUUUGUUGCUGCCUGGAGCUAACACCUUCUGCCCAACUUGCUGUCCUAGGCUUGGGAAAGUCCCCAUGUUCCAGGAAUUCACAUUCACAACAGACUGUGCUUGGCCUACUGUGUUGAGGGAGGAGAGAAUAAAUGUCUUAGUGUGCCAAAUAUUUAUCCUGCCUCUGAAAGCUAUUUUGUUCUUGGCAUGAGCUCUUCUAGUGCCUGUGAGAAGUCGUGGGCUGGCUCUUCUGAGCCUGAGUCUGAUGGAAACAUGUAUGUGACAGAGUACCACAGAGGGGAUGUAAGGAGUCUGCUCCAUCAGCAGAGGUAACGGGCCCCAUCAUGAUCGAAGUUGUGUUUACAACCAGAGCAAUAUAGUAGAUGGAGUUUACUGCCUCCCAAUAGCACACUGGAUUGAAGUCUCUGGACAUACUGAUGAGAUGAAACAUACAACUGACUUCUAUUUUAAUAUUGCAGGACAUCAAGCUAUCCACUACUCCAGGAUUCUGCCAAACAUCUGGCUGGGAAGUUGCCCUCGGCAGCUGGAGCAUGUGACCAUCAAGCUGAAGCACGAGCUGGGUGUUACAGCUGUGAUGAACUUCCAGACUGAAUGGGACAUUGUUCAGAAUUCCUGGGGCUGCAACCGCUACCCAGAACCCAUGAGCCCUGAAAUCCUCAUGAAACUGUAUAAAGAGGAAGGUCUUGUGUAUGUCUGGCUGCCAACUGCAGACAUGAGCACUGAAGGAAGAAUACAGAUGUUGCCACAAGCUGUCUGCCUCUUGCACGGGCUACUGGAGAAUGGACACACUGUCUAUGUUCAUUGCAAUGCUGGUGUCGGCAGGUCUACAGCUGCUGUCAGUGGCUGGCUGAAGUACGUGAUGGGAUGGAGCCUGCGGAAAGUCCAGUACUUUUUGACUUCCCGGAGACCAGCUGUCUACAUAGAUGAGGAAGCUCUGAAUCGUGCUGAAGAUGAUUUCUACCAGAAAUUUGGGCAUCUUCGUUCCUCAUACCGAAUACAAGAGUAGAAAAGCAGAAGAGGAAAAGGAAGGUGAAGAGGAACCCUUAUGUUUGAACCCCAAGGACUUAGAAAUCAUGACUCAGGCACCAACUUCACCUCUUCAGAUUAUAAGACUGUCAUAAAAGUCAUGAGAAUUUUGUUUAAAAAGUGCCUUGGGGUAUUUUUUAUUUGCUUUCUUUAAGCUGAUACAAUGCAUGUUUUCAAGCCUUUUGGUGCAAAUAUGAGACCUAGAAAUUCUGCAAAGCGAAACUAAGAUUUUCUUCUAGCCUCUUGCCUAUAGGAACUGAGAUUUUGAGGUAGACACUAAACAAGAGGUGAGGUGAAAUAGAGUUGACAAUAUUUCAGUGACAAGAAAGCAAAGGCAUUCUCAAAAAAAACAGUGUAAAGGUUGACUGAAUUAAUCUUCAGGUUAGGGUGGAGCAGAUCAUCGUCAAAGCUGCUCAGCUGUUUUAGGCAGAGUGGAGAUUGUUGCAGUGUUUUGUAGUAAUUUUGUAGACAAGUGGUAUUAAUGAGAAAGACCAUAAGGAAAUCGGUUUUUCAACUCAAUUUCUUAAACAAAAAGCUAAUGUCUAAUGUAGUGAACUAAAAUUUGCUCUCUUUGUCUUUCUAGUUAAUAUUAAAUAUUAUGAGCUACAACUAUGCUUUUAUGACAUUGAGAUUGUGCUGGAAUGUGACACAAAGAGAGGAAACAGCUCCACCUGCUUCAGUCUUGCUCUGUUGUGGGGAAAGACCACUAUUUAUUAUAUUAUCCUAGGCUGUGAGUUCUCUGAGUUGAAGCUACAUUUUGCUUUUCUGGUCUGUGCAGUGCUGUACAAUGGGCUCCCUAGGUGCCAAGUCAAUUUAAGCACUGGGGUAAGACAGGACCUAUUGGAACUUUGUGAUAAGCCUCUGUGCAUGAUUGACAUCACAGCCUCUGGACUGUUGACCUGGAUUUGAAUCUUCACUAUAGCAAAAGCCUCUCCUUGUGCAAGCAGUGUGUGGAUGUUCAUGGAUGUUAGGUUUAGCUGAUUGAAGCUAGUGCUGGGCUACUUCUGGAGUAAAUAAAGUGGAUACAUUCCUCUGAAGGAGCAAAGAGCAACUCUGAGAAGAGUUUCUCAGGAGCUUAGGCUCAGCAGGCUAAUGUUUGUUUUGUGGAUGAUCCCUAAUGUUUUCCAGUGCUGUCUGGUCACUUAGCUAAACUAAGCAGUGGCACCAACAGCUUCCAGCCUUGCUCAGGUAAAACCAAUUUGCUGUAGGUUGAGUUCAAGAGAGAAGGGAGAGAACGUAUUUCCUAAGGAGGAGAGGAUUAAGGAUGCAUGAACAUUAAGAAACUUAAUUUCUGUAGGUUUAUUCUUCAGUGAAAUCUCAUUUUUUCCAGCCAACUUGUUCCUCUAAAGAUGCAGUCAGUGCCAGAGUAGUUUAGCUGAUAUAUAUUGAUUUUCUGAAUACUUAAUGGAGAAACUAUUAGAUAUGAACUGCUUAUGGAGAAACUCCAAAAUAAUAUAAUACAUUUUAUUUAUCCUAUACUUCAAUCAUCUUCAAAAGAAAAAAUGUUUAUUUAAGUUAUUCUGUGUUUGGUUUUGGUCAUGACUUUGUGUCCAGUUUUUUGAAAUAAUGCUGCCUGUUUAGAAAAUUGAUAAGUUCUCUAUUAAAUAAAGACAUAAUGACAAUUCCAG